GAUAAUGCUAGACCACAUCGUUCACGAGCAGUCAACGAUUUAAUGAGGACCAGUGCAAUUACAACUUUACCAUGGCCUGCUACGAGUCCGGAUUUAAAUUCAAUAGAACAUGUUUGGGAUUUCAUUGGGCGACGAGUACGAGCACGUGAACCUCCUGUUCAA